CUCUCUCUCUCUCUCUCUCUCUACAAUUGAAUUGCAAUGAGUGAGAGAUGAGUUCACUAGAUCAUGAUUCUGAGCCUCCGAUCCAACUCAACUUGCCUCCUCUCUCAUUGAGUCUAUUCGAUGCCGAACCAUCUGAACCCAACGGCGUCGUUCGCGGAUGCUCCGAACCCUCAAGCCCUAGUAGCAGCGGUUAUGCUGGCGAGAGGGGUAGUAGCACCGCCACAAGCGCAUCCCCGAUCGAAGAGGUCGUUCAACAUGAAAUCGAGGAGAUGACGAUCCAUGAUUCCCAACCUGUCUCGAAUAAUUCCCCUGCCUCCUGGCUUCCUGGGAAACGACACCUCGAUGAGGAUGAUGCUUCCAUUUCAUGGAGGAAAAGGAAGAAGCAUUUUUUUGUUUUAAGUAAUUCUGGGAAACCAAUAUAUUCUAGGUACGGAGAUGAACACAAGCUUGCUGGGUUUUCAGCAACUUUGCAAGCAAUCAUUUCCUUUGUGGAGAAUGGGGGUGACCGUGUCAAAUUUGUGAGGGCUGGAAAGCAUCAGGUGGUUUUUCUUGUGAAAGGACCAAUUUACUUAGUCUGCAUCAGCUGCACAGAAGAGCCUUAUGAGUCAUUAAGGGGGCAGUUGGAGCUUAUUUAUGGCCAGAUGAUUGUUAUACUAACAAAGUCAGUAAACAGAUGUUUUGAGAAGAAUCCAAAGUUUGAUAUGACACCCUUGCUUGGUGGAACAGACAUUGUCUUCGCUUCACUAAUCCACUCUUUUAGUUGGAAUCCAGCUACAUUUCUUCAUGCCUAUAGUUGCCUGCCUCUUGCAUAUGCAACAAGGCAAGCUGCUGGUGCUAUCUUGCAAGAUGUUGCUGAUUCAGGUGUUCUGUUUGCUAUACUGAUGUGCAGGCACAAGGUAAUCAGUCUAGUUGGUGCUCAGAAAGCUUCUCUUCAUCCAGAUGAUAUGCUGUUGCUGGCCAACUUUGUUAUGUCAUCGGAAUCCUUUAGGACAUCAGAAUCAUUUUCUCCUGUUUGCUUGCCACGAUACAAUCCUUUGGCAUUUUUGUAUGCUUAUAUCCAUUAUUUUGAUGAUGACACAUACUUGAUGUUGCUGACCACUAGUUCGGAUGCAUUUUACCAUCUUAAGGAUUGCAGGAUUCGUGUUGAAAUGGUCCUUUUGAAGUCCAAUGUCCUUAGUGAAGUUCAGAGAUCCUUGCUAGAUGGUGGAAUGCAUGUUGAGGAUCUGCCACCCAUACCUCGUUCUGGAUCAUCUGCUCAUUUGGGCCAGCACAGGCUUCCAUCAGAUUCUCCUGAAAGACCGAGGGAACCUAAUUAUGGCAUUGGCGGUGCUGCUGGGUUGUGGCAUUUCAUAUAUCGCAGUAUAUGUCUGGAUCAAUAUGUAUGUUCAGAGUUCUCAUCACCGAUUAACACUCCUCAGCAGCAGAAAAGACUGUAUAGAGCUUACCAAAAACUUUUUGCAUCCAUGCAUGAUAAAGGAAUUGGGCCACACAAAACUCAAUUUAGAAGGGAUGAAAACUACGUUCUGCUCUGUUGGUUAACACAGGAUUUUGAGCUUUAUGCUGCAUUUGAUCCCCUUGCAGACAAGGCCUUGGCAAUAAAGACCUGCAACCGGGUGUGUCAAUGGGUAAAAGAUGUGGAAACUGAAAUAUUUUUGCUAGGAGCUAGCCCCUUUUCAUGGUGAUUUACUAUCAAAUGCUGUAAACAUGUACGAGAAAGUUUAAGCAUCACGCCCAAAGCAUUUCAUUAUUACGUCGUCAUCAGCUGUGGAAAUGCAUGAAUUAAAGAUGUUAUUGACACAUGAUUGCUGCGCCUGCAUUAGUAUGGCAACUUUUAUGCGGAGGAGCCAAGAGGACGGAAGAUUAGUGUUUGCAGAAGAAUCUCUGUUGGGUUGUUACUCUACUUCCAAUAAUUAGUUUUAAAGCGUAGAGACUGGUUAUUUGGAUGAGUAAUUCUAGUGGACUAUUUUCGAGGAAUGAUGUCCCAUUUAAGUUCAAUAUGAUAAAAAUUCCAUUUAAGUUCAAUAUGAUAAAAAGUCUGAUCUGAUUCCAUGUAUAGCUUAGAGUUUAGAAGGAUGGUUGUGAGCUGUUGAUUCAUUUUAGUUUUAUUAUUUGCAUCGGAAUAUCCACCGAAGAUUUUCAAGGGUGGUUGUGUUGAGAUUGUAAAGGGGUUUGACGCCCUCUCCUUAGCUUUGCAUUUUCAGAGGUGUAGGCUUUAUGCAAGCUGGCUUUGGUUAAGCGGAAGACAGUGACAUAAUGUGGCAUGUUAUUUUUUGUGGUGGGUUUGGUUGUUAAAGGUGCACGUUUAGUGACUAACCCAACUCAUCCAAUGAGAGUUAUAUUUCAUUUUGAAAUUAACUAGUUGAUUUUAUUU